AUGACAGUGUCUUGGAGCAGUAUGCCGCCAGAACUUUGGUCGAUUGUAUUCAAGCAUACGCACUCUAUAAAGACAGUAGCCAAAUGCCGCUUAGUCUGUAAGACUUGGGAUCCGUUAGCAGAACGAGCCAUGUUUAGCAAAUCUUUGUCAGUCUAUGGUACAGAAAGCAUCGUCAAACUUUGCAAUCGUCUACAAGAGAAUCCUGCAUUGCGCUAUUACAUCCGUUCCUUGUACUUGGGUAGCUUGAAGAAGGUGCAACUAUCAAUCCAGGAAGAUUUGUUCAAAUUGGUUAUGAACCCCAACAUCGUCUCACUUGAAGGUUAUUUCGACAAGGCUGCUUUAGCCAUCUUGUUGAAAGCUGUCAGCGAAUCAGGAGAGCAAUGCAGCAAGCUGGAAUCAUUGAUAACUUAUGAAGGGAUUACAAAUGGCGGCGACAGUUAUAUGAAUGCUCAGCUUUACUUCAGGACAUCAUUGCAAGAGCUACGAUUAUCGCUGCAUACGCCUCACACGGCCAUUUAUCAAACAGUUGUCGACCAUCUUGAGCAAUUCAAUAGCUUGAAAAAACUCGUCUUGACAUAUUCUGAUAGACACGUCUUACCAGAGUUGGAGCAAGUUCUCAGAAAAUGUCAGCGCCUGGAGCUGAUUGAUUUCGAUAUAGGACUUGGUGAAACACACUGGAUUAGCAAAGAUGACUUGAAGCAAUGGAUGAUAAGUAACGUGCAGCAAUCACCUACCCUGCGAUUUGUCGAUGUUGGCGAAAACCACCACCCUCAUUUGAUUGAAUAUCUUGUGUACAAGUACCCCAACAUACCAAGUGUAGCUAUAUCAGGUGCUUUCACGGAUGGUCAUGGCACCAUUGGUCGUAUAUUGGAUGCUGUCAAAGGUGUUGGCUAUAUUAGUUUACGUCACUGGUAUUUGGGCGACAUGGAAGCAGUUGAGCAGGUGCUUUCAACGUUGAAGAACAAGAAUAAUAUAGUCAUCUUGCGCUCAUGCUCGCCAUAUUGUUCAGAAAGAGGAAUCGUAUAUCUAACUGCGCACAAGACUGGAGACAACAAGACUACGCAUUAUAUGAUAAACAUAUCUGACACAGAGUUUCCAGCAGUAUUCAGCAAGAUCAUCAAAAUCGUAGGAACUUCUCAAAACUUUCAAGUGGAUUAUAUAGAUGAUGACAUUACCUUUGUUGAAAGCGGGUUAGCUAAUCAGCAAAGCAAAUCAUUCAAGAGAAUGGUCAAGAUCAUAUCAGAAGUGAAGAGUGUCAACUUUACCUGCGCCCACAUUCCUUAUCCGUCUUUCUCUGUCAAUACCUCACUUUCACAAGUGGAAACGCUGAAGAUUUGCGGUGCAGUCAUUGACCAGAAAGUGCUGACCGUCUUGAGCAGAAUCACUCCCAAACUGAAGAGCCUGACUCUGAGCAGUUGCAUCCUCAACCCUGCUCGCCCUCAAUGUUAUCGUAUUGAUAUGCCACACACUGAUUUCAGCACGUUAUCCAUCAAUUCUGAGUAUUGGAUUUGGGAGAGAGAUGAUAAUUUCGGGGAUGUUGAACAUGAAGAUAAAAAACUGAAUGAAGCGCUUGACAAGAUUAUUAGCAAUAUCAGCAUCAAGCAACACCAGAUGGUCUCUUUGAAGAUAACUAGCUUAUCCAGCAACCAAAAACACUAUUACGCUUUGACACCUGGUGAUUCCGCUGUGGUCAAGGCAAUAUCCAACGAUGAAUACUCAAAAUCUAUUGCUAGAUGGCCAAGCAUAGUCAUCGUAUGCAAAUCUCUAGAGACCUUGAAACUUGAUCUCGGUGCACUCCUCGUAGAACUAAAACCUGGCAGUGAGAGACCCAUUGAAAGCCUUGGCCAUUGGAAAAGAGGGAUGGAGAUUGCACUCUUGAAGGAUUUAUACCACUCAGAGCAUAUUUGA